UCACAAUAAACCCACCAGACGACAAGAAAACCCAAAAUCCCCUGAAACAGAAUCGCAGUCUCAACAACAACAACGUUUUCAAAACAUGGCUUCACAUGGUGGUGGUGCAGGUGGAGGUGGUGUUGGCAGAGAGACCGUUGCUGCCGCAGGAGCCACCGGGCCUGGUGAGCGUCGAGAGGGUGGACCAGGGGCACGGAAUGGAGAGCCAAAAGAUAAGAAACGAAAGGAGUCCAUUCUCGACCUCAGCAAAUAUCUUGAUAAGGCAAUUAGGGUGAAGUUUUCGGGUGGACGUGAAGCUUCAGGAAUUUUGAAGGGAUUCGACCAGCUACUAAAUCUUGUGCUUGACAAUACCAUAGAGUACCUUAGAGAUCCCGAUGACCCUUACAAACUAACAGAAGACACGAAGGAAAGAGGAUUGGUGGUCUGUCGAGGAACAGCUGUCGUACUUAUCUGUCCUAUGGAUGGCUGCGAGGCAAUUGCAAAUCCUUUUGUGCAACAAGAAAAUUAAGCGUGCAUGUCUGUGUUUUAAAAGGCAUAUUUGGUUUAUUUGAGUGAAACAGAAUGUGAUAGAGGGAGGUUUCUUUACAUCAUGUGAAAUUCCUAUUUACAUGUAGGUUUCUGUAAUGAAGAUAGAUAUUGAUUUAUGUUUUUUAUGGGAAUUGUCUUAGUUUGUCAUAUCACAUUUGUUGUUUAAUGGCUGUUUCUUAAGUAUUGAAUGAUUUAUUCAAACUAAUGCAAAAAGUGGAUGUUGAAUGAAGGUAUUUAAUUUCUAUUUGUUUCAUGAUAGGAAUAUUUUUUUUAUACAUGAUAGUUGUUUUAUUAAAAAUCAUUUGACUACAGGUUUUGUUUGAUAUACUGAUACCUUUUCAUGCAUAGUUAACCAGGCCAUUUGGAUGCAAUUCAUAUUUCUUGGAAUAUAUUUAAAAGUACAUUUAUAUUUCGUGAACAGGAUUUUAUUUUGAGUUUCAGGCAAUUGAACAAUAUUAAUGACUCCUUUCUGUUCUUCAUUACACAAGUUCAGUAAAAAAAAUUUAAUGAGAAUUGGUUACAUUUAGUUUUUAGUUUUCAAUUUUACAUUUUCAUGGUGUCCUUGAAGUGAGAUUCUUUUACAUUUGUGUAUCUUUGUAUCAUCUUGUAUUUCAUAUGAAAGAAAUAUAUGAAUUUUGAAUGGUACAGUGUGUAGUUUUAUUAAUACUUACUGAUGUCUUGAUAUGUAUUUAUAUUUUUCAUGUUUCAUGUAUUUUUCUGGAAGUUGUAGCAGUUUUGGGUAAACCAUUUGUUCAUAUUAGUUUUACUUUUUAUUACAUUUUCUUGUUUUGGAAGGUUGUGAAGUAAAUUAAAAUUAAAAUUCUUGUAAAAAAAAUUCUAGUUAUUGGAGAGUUUCAAGUUAGGAAUGUGACCUUUCUGCAGAAAAUGCUGUCUGUCACAUAUUUGUGGUUGACAUAUCUUUUCUAUUUGUAGUAUUAGCCAUAUUUAUGAAUAAUUUUCUUGGCAACUAAUAUCAGUAAUGAUGACUGAGAACAAAACAAAACUCAGAUUCAAAACUGGACUAGGAAGAAUAAAAUAAUUUUUCA